GAGGAUAAUACUCAAAAAUUUUCUCACCAUCUCUCCCCCACUGCCCAAGCGCGACUCCUCAUCAUCUCCUCAUGAGGAGCUGAAUCCAAACCCUAGAAACCUUCACCACAGCGUCCAUGGCGAGAACGCUAAUCUCUUCUCCACCCUUCAUCGGGAAGCCACUCCCUUCCCUCAGCUCUCGCCAUGGCCUCCUACACUCUCUUCCUCACCGUAGACUCAUCUCCACCAGAGUCAAAUUCAGCUUACAUGACAUUCCUCCUAUUCACUCCUUAGAUUCUUCUUCGAUUGACUUUGCCGGAAUUGUUAGCCGAGCUGAAAGCUUGCUCUACACUCUCGCCGACGCUGCAGUUUCUGCCGAUCCGGCUGCCGCUGGACCCGCGUCAGGCACAGCUGAUGCUGCAGUGCAGAAGAACGGUGGGUGGUUCGGGUUUAUUUCGGAGGCUAUGGAAGUUGUUUUGAAGGUUCUGGAGGAUGGCCUAACAGCAGUGCAUGUUCCCUAUGCGUAUGGAUUUGCGAUUAUAUUGCUCACUGUUAUCGUGAAAAUUGCUACAUAUCCCUUGACAAAGAAGCAGGUUGAAUCAACACUGGCCAUGCAAAAUCUUCAACCAAAGAUCAAGGCCAUUCAAGAAAGAUAUAAGGGCAAUCAGGAAAGAAUACAACUGGAGACAUCGCGGCUUUAUAAGCAAGCUGGGGUUAAUCCUUUGGCAGGAUGUUUCCCAACUUUGGCCACAAUACCAGUCUGGAUAGGUUUGUAUCAAGCUCUUUCAAAUGUGGCAAAUGAGGGACUGUUGACAGAAGGGUUUUUUUGGAUUCCCUCUUUGGGUGGGCCAACUACAAUUGCUGCUCGACAAAGUGGAUCUGGCAUUUCUUGGCUUUUUCCGUUUGUGGAUGGCCAUCCACCAUUGGGCUGGCAAGACACUGCAGCAUACCUUGUUUUACCUGUCCUCCUUGUCAUUUCUCAGUAUGUUUCAAUGGAGCUGAUGAAGCCACCUCAGACUGAUGAUCCAUCUCAAAAGAAUACACUUCUUGUUUUCAAGUUUCUUCCACUCAUGAUUGGUUACUUUUCUCUAUCUGUCCCAUCAGGAUUAUCAAUUUACUGGUUCACAAACAAUGUACUGAGCACAGCACAACAAGUAUGGUUACGCAAAUUAGGUGGUGCCAAACCUGUUGUGAAUGAGGAUGCAAGUGGAAUCAUUACUGCAGGGCGUGCAAAAAGAUCAGCUUCUCAGCCUGCAAGGGCUGGUGAUAGGUUUAGACAACUAAAAGAAGAAGAGAAGAAGAAAAAAAUAAGCAAGGCAUUGCCAGCAGAAGAGAUUCAGGCUCUUGCAUCUGAAUCUGAUUCUGAUGAAGGUUCAGAUGAAGAGACUAAAGACAAGGGUGAUGAUGUUUUAGAAGAGGCAUAUGUUUCUAGUGGUAGCAAACAGGUUCCACAAUAUGCUGGGCCAAGGAGAAGCAAGCGGUCAAAGCGGAAGCGUGCCGGAUGAAAAGAUUGUAUAUCUAUUUUUGUGUAGUUUCCGGUGAGUGCUGUAUAUGACAAAUAGUAUUUUUAGUUAAUAUAUAUGGCCAUUUUUAUGCUGGCUCAUUCAUUUUAAGACUCCAGUGCCCAAUCAUGAAAAUCAGUUGUCUAACACAGAGAUUUCCACGUUUUGGUUUCUUCUUCCA